AUGGCAACGAGAUGGGUUCGGGGCAGGGCACCUCCACCCCCACCCCCACCCCGCCUUGCCCGUUCUCAUUCAAACCUCGCCCCCGCCUUAGACGGGUGGUAUGAAGAAGAGAUUGAAGAAAACUUGAGAUGGUGCUUUGCUCUUAAUGGAAUUUUGCACACAGGUGCCACUCAAUUCCAGGAUAUUCAACUUCUGGACACUAAGCCCUUUGGAAAGGCCCUAGUAAUUGAUGGAAAGCUUCAAAGUGCAGAAAUAGAUGAGUUUAUCUACCACGAAUCUCUUGUUCAUCCUGCACUUCUUAAUCAUCUAAAUCCAAAAACUAUUUUUAUCAUGGGAGGAGGUGAAGGUUCCACUGCAAGAGAAAUACUCAGACAUAGGCCAGUGGAGAAGGUUGUCAUGUGUGACAUUGAUGAGGAAGUGGUGGAAUUUUGCAAGUCAUACUUGGUGGUUAAUAGAGAAGCUUUCAGUGAUCCUAGACUUGAACUCAUUUUCAAUGAUGCCAGGUAAAAGAAUACACCAACUGCAAUUUUUUGAACAUAACUCGGGCUGGAUGGAAAUUGGCCCUCGAGAAUAGUAGCAGAAGGGAGGUUGAUUGUAAGACCCACUCAUCCAAUAGGGAGGAGUCAGUCUUAGAGAUCUGAUGGUGCCGAGUGAAUGGGCCAUCGGCUUUCGAAUUUUUUUUAUUUUAUUUUUUUCAAUAU